AAGGGUACAGGCAUCUAGUUUUACCGUUGAGAGUAAAUAUGGUAAAUACUUUUAAAUUCAACGGUUUUACUUUGUAUUAUCAUAAACAGGAUUCAUGAGGGGAUCAUGAGCAUUGAAGAACAUCAGAAAUGAAUCAUCCUUCUUGUAUAAAAAUGCCUGCCAUCAAAGAAUCUGCAAAAGAUCCUAGUUCAUCUAAUACACGUGAGAUCUCACGUGUCCCUGAGGAACUAGAUACAGGAUUUCGAGAUCAACUAUGUACUAAAAAUGAUCUCAUUACAAUUGCAAAUGAAACUUUUGGCAAUAAUAAGUGGAGUCAUUUUGUGACAAAUCAAACAUUAGAUUUUGUUGAAUAUGUCACCGGUAAAUACCAUGUUGGCUGUGCAACUUUUGUGAAAGUUCAAUUAAGCAAUGGAAUAACUCAUGAAGAUCUGGGUUACAGCAAUUCGUCGGGAACCAACAAGGGUUUAGUCAUUUUUUCGGCAAGAACUAGUUCUAUCACGAAUGCUUUGAGGAAUACUUUACUGUACUUUGGAGGUGAGGUUGCCAUAAAAAUCAGAGCUCUUUUGAACGUGAAAAACGAAACAUACUCAGUUAUUUCUGCAAUUGGUGAACCACAAAAAAUUGUGAUCAACAAAAAUCCGACCACACGAAUAACUCCUCCAGCUUGUCAUUCUACACCAGAAAAAGCAGCAUCGAUUCUAAUGGUCAAUGCACCAGCACCAUCUCACCAUGUGAAUCAUGCACUAGAUAUUGCUGACAAAAGAUCAAGUUCUCCAACAAAUUCUGAGGCAAAAGAAAUUGGGGGCCUCAUUGAAAAAGAUGUUAUCACGACUGAAGAAGAAAGGAAAAGAUUGGAGAGAAAACGCAGACAGAAAGAAAAACAAGAAGAAUAUAGAAAGUUGCUAAAAUCAAAGCAAGGUCUGGAAAAGCCAAAUCCAAGAUACUGAUUGAAGAGCAUUCACAGUUCAGAUAGUGAACCAUUUGGUAUUGCACAUCAAGGAAUUUGAUUUAAUAAAAAAUAAAACAGUUUAUAUGAUUAUAUUAACUAAA